GUUUGCAACCAGGGAGAGGAACGCUCUCCUCCUCUACAAUGGGCGCUUUAACGAGAAGCACGACUUCAUUGCCCUGGAGAUCAUUGAGGAGCAAAUCCAGCUCACGUUCUCUGCAGGGGAGACAACCACUACCGUGGCACCAUUCGUUCCUGGCGGGGUCAGCGAUGGGCAGUGGCACUCGGUCCAGGUGCAAUACUACAAUAAGCCCAACAUUGGGCGAUUAGGAAUUCCUCAUGGGCCUUCAGGAGAGAAGGUGGCCGUGGUGACUGUGGACGACUGUGACACAGCAGUGGCUGUGCGCUUCGGGAGCCUCAUUGGAAACUACACCUGCGCUGCCCAGGGGACUCAGACCGGCUCAAAGAAAUCUUUGGACCUGACUGGCCCUCUCCUCCUUGGUGGUGUCCCAAACUUGCCUGAAGAUUUCCCGGUGCACAACAGACAGUUCAUCGGCUGCAUGAGGAACCUCUCUAUCGACAGCAAGCCAAUCGACAUGGCUAGUUUCAUCGCCAAUAACGGCACUCUGCCAGGCUGUGCAGCACAGAGGAACUAUUGUGAAACCAACUGGUGCCAGAACGGAGGCACGUGCAUCAACAAGUGGAACAUGUACAUCUGCGAGUGCCCUGUACGCUACGGAGGGAAAAACUGUGAGCAAGCAAUGCCUUCUCCUCAGCGUUUCAGUGGUGAAAGCAUUAUCAUUUGGAGUGACCUUGACAUUACCAUCUCUGUGCCAUGGUACAUUGGGCUGAUGUUCAGAACCCGGAAAGUCAAUGGCAUGUUGAUGCAAGCCAAUGCUGGGGCUGCAUCCAAGAUCAACAUUCAGAUACUAAACAACUACGUGCAGUUUGAAGUGUACAGUGGCCUCAGCCAGGUUGCUAGUUUGAAGAUGAGCCAGUCGCGAGUCAGUGAUGGGGAAUGGCAUCAUUUAUUAAUAGAGCUGAAGAGUGCUAAAGACGGUAAAGACAUCAAGUACCUUGCUGUCAUGUCCUUGGACUAUGGAAUGUACCAGGGGGUGAGAAUGGGAGAGACAUCUACAAAUAUAGCGACACUUAACAUGAAACAGGCUAUCAAGAUCAAUGUUAAGGAGGGUUGUGAAGUGGAUAACCCCUGUGAUUCCAACCCGUGCCCCCAGCACAGCUACUGCAGUGACGACUGGGACAGCUACUCCUGCGUCUGCGACCCAGGGUACUUUGGAAGAGACUGCGUUGAUGUAUGUAACUUGAACCCAUGUGAGCAUGUCUCCACGUGCGUGCACAAACCUAGUUCAUCCCAUGGCUACACCUGUGAAUGUGGACAAAGCUACUAUGGACAGUACUGCGAGAGCAAGAUCGACCUGCCUUGUCCCAGAGGCUGGUGGGGAAAUCCCAUCUGUGGCCCCUGUAAUUGUGAGACCAGUAAAGGGUUUGAUUCUGAUUGCAAUAAGACCAAUGGAGAAUGUCACUGCAAGGCAAAUUACUACAGGCCUCAGAGCAGUGACACCUGCUACCCCUGUGACUGCUUCCCAUCUGGCUCCCACACGCGUGCCUGUGACAUGGAGACGGGACAGUGUCCUUGCAAACCUGGUGUCAUAGGGCGGCAGUGCAACCGCUGCGACAACCCCUUUGCUGAAGUGACGGUGAAGGGCUGUGAAGGAAACGCGGUUCGCCAUUGUAACAUUGAAAAGGGCUGGCUGCCUCCUGAGCUUUUCAACUGUACCACCAACACUUUUGUGGAUCUAAAAAUCAUGAAUGAGAAGUUACACCACAAUGAGACCAAGUUGGACGGAGACAAAACCAUACGGAUCGUGAGAGUGCUGCAGAAUGCCACCAAGUACACACACAGCUUGUAUGGCAACGAUGUGAGGACAGCUUACCAGAUGAUGAUCCGGGUCCUCCAGUAUGAGAGCCAGCAGCAAGGGUUUGACUUGGCAGCCACGAGGGACGUGGAAUUCCAUGAAAAUAUUAUCAAAGUGGGUAGUGCUCUACUGGACCCCAGCAACAAGGAGCACUGGGAGCAAAUUCAACGAACGGAGGGUGGCACCGCUCACCUGCUCAGGCACUACGAGGAAUAUUUCAACAACGUGGCCCAGAACAUGAAGAAAACCUACAUGAGACCUUUUGUCAUUGUUGCCACUAACAUGAUUAUUGCUGUUGACAUCUUUGACAAGGCUAAUUUCACGGGAGCUAGAAUACCACGAUUUCAUGAGAUUAAAGAAGAUUAUCCAAAAGAUCUGGAGUCAUCUGUUGUCUUCCCUGAUACUUUGUUCCGACCUUCAGACAGGAAAGUGCCUACAAUGAAGCCUUCAAAUCAGAAGUUAUCCUCUAAGGUGAACAGUGAUGCACUAAGCCCUGAGAGUGCUUUUGCAAAGAGAAAGAAGCGACACCCAGAUGACUCAACACAUCAUACUGUUGCCAUGGUCAUUAUAUACCGAUCGCUGGGACACCUUCUGCCUGAAAACUAUGAUCCUGACCGAAGGAGCUUGAG